AUGUCGACAUGCGCAGUCCGAAGCGCCGGCUCUCGAGGGCCCCUCCGAGUCCUCGCGCGAACACCAGGGUUAUCUCAGCGGAAUACUGCAAAUCUACGAAUACAACCAGGCGAUCAGCGAUCCCCACGACGACACUUCCACAACUACUUCGUCACCCACCUCCCGUCCUCCUCCCUCCACCCCGACUCCCGCUCGUCCGCCGGACCAGGCCACAAACUCCCCCGGUCCGCCUCGACCCCGCACACCCCGGGCCCCGGCUCCGCGCCGGCCGUGUCACCCCCCAACAUGCCCAGCCGCGAUCUGACCGUCGUCCGGAUUCCGCUCCGCAGCGCCAAGCACCACUUCGGCGCGUCCAACUCGCGCGGCCAGCGCCACUACAAUGAGGACGCGAACCAGGCGGGGACUAUCCGGAUCCCGGCUUUUGCGAAGAGAGUGCCUAUCAGUUUAUCCCGUCGCCAGGCUGCGAGGGUCGCGGGGGAAGGGGAGGGUACCAGCGCUGAUAGCUCGCUGGGGGAUCCGCAGAUCUUUUAUUUUGGGGUGUUUGACGGGCAUGGUGGGAGCGAGUGUAGCGAGUUCUUGAGGGAGGAACUCCAUGGGUACAUUGAGGAGGCCGCGGAGGAAUUUGGGCUUGAGAGCAGUUUGAAACGGGAACCGGGUAUUCCCGAUUCGAUGGGGGAUCCGGAUACUAUUUCCGGCGGUCGGGAGUCUGUAUCUCAAUCUACCUCGCAAACCGACGGCCAGCAGUCGCAAGGAACUACGGAUUCAUCGUCCGCGGGGCCCCGUCUUGAAUCGGAGCUGCUCGCCGAGUACAAGCGCACGAUAGGCGGGUACUUUCGCCGCUUUAAACCCAGCCACUUUUCCGCUCCCACGGCUCCAUCCACGCGGGAUCCCGGAUACUCUUCGUCCCUCUCCUCGACCUCCUCUUCCGACUCUUCGUCGGUUUCCUCUCCAUCCACCCUCGAAUCCGUCCUCACCUACGCCUUCCUCCGCGCCGACCUUGACUUCGUCACCGCCCAAGCCCGCAAACCCGACCCCGACGACCCCUACAUCUCCGACUUCCCCCUCAACAAAGACGAAAUCCUCGGCUCCCCGCACCUGCCCCCCUCCGGCCACGGCAUCGGCGGACCCGUCCGCUUCAAAGGCGGCUCCACCGCCUCCGUCGCCUUAAUCUCCACGCCCACCCCCUCCCCCUUCUGGCAUCCAGCCGCCCAUUCCACCUUGGUCGUCGCCCACGUCGGCGACACCCGCAUCCUCCUCUGCGAAACUGCCACUGGCCGCCCGCUCCCGCUUACCUCUGACCACCACCCUUCUACCCCGGCCGAAUCCCGCCGCUUACGCCGAUUUGUCACAGACUCCCUUGUUACCGACUCCUUUGGCGAGGAACGCAUCCGCGGACUCGCCAACAGCCGCGCCUUCGGCGACAUGCAAGCCAAACGCACCGGCGUCUCCGCCGAACCAGACGUAGUCCGUGUCGAUCUCCGCCCGGCGGAAUUCUCCUUCCUCGUUCUAUGCAGCGACGGCGUUAGCGGCUCGCUAGGCGACCAGGAGAUUGUGGAUGUUAUCAAGGAGGCUGGGACACCGGAGGAGGGCGCGAGGAAGGUGGUGGAGUAUGCGACGGAGGUGUCGAAUGAUGGGGAUAAUGCUACGUGUUUGGUGGUUAGGCUCGGCGGGUGGGAGAGGAGGAGUGAGGGGGGGGUGGGGAGUUUGGGGACGAGGGAGAUGAGGGAGAUGAGGAGGGCUGAAGCGGGGGAUCCGAGGCGGAGGGGGAGGUGUUGA